UGCGCCGAUUCGGCCAAAGCCUCGCAGCUGCAACUCCUUGCGGUAUGCUGGGUCAUGCAGGCGGGCAAUGUCGAACCACUGCGUCAGCAUUGAGCGGCCGAAUGCGGUUGAGCGACGGCGGCGCAACGUGGGAAAGAUGAAGCGCGCAUUUGGUAGGAGCUCUGGGGGCGUCAGGCCGGUGGGUGUCUUGCCUGUUUUCGACGAGCUCCCUGCCAAACUUGUCGCCGUUGGACCCUAGUCUGUGCGAUAGGAUUAGGCUGUAGUUGUGGCUUGACGUCGGUUCGACGACGAACGCCGGCGGAGCCUGGAAGGAAAAGAUUGCAGUCCUAAACUUGUGUCUUUUUGCUUCUCCUGGUUUCGUUUCAGUUCUAUUAAAUUCUUCUCCUUUCUGACGCGGUCCCUAUGCGGCGGAGUACCGCCGCUUGUCAGCACUAUAUACAAGAGGCGCCAAUGAAAAUCGUCAACAAUAGCUCGAGAAAGCUAACGGCUCUGUGUUUGCCGUGGGAAUGACGCCCGCUUGUACGCCAACAUAUGCAACCAGCGUGGGGAAGCUGCAGUGAUCAAAAUCACAACCCCGCAACUGGCAGGCUGCCUGCUUGGCUGCACCGCAACUCCCAGGGUCUUUGAGGCGCUUAUAUGCCCAGUGCUGAUAUAUGUUCUACUUUAGCUCGAAUGCCUUUUGUACACAUGCACGUUUGUAAUCAUAUGCUAGAAGAGCGGAGUGUCAGAUUGAGAUUCCGGGCCCGUCGAUUACCAGCAAGCUUGGUGUGCCCGGGCCGAUUAUCUUGUCGAAAGCACCAAGUUGCUGACGCAGUGCCCUCGUUGUCCCAACCAUCCUCAGCACUGAGGCUCAUCUGACUUAAAAGCGCCAAAUUUCCCAAUCUGUGAUAUUUUUGCUUGCUGACCUUUUGACCACAGAGUAUUCAGCAAAACAGGCAAUCAACAAACAUAACCCUUCAAAGCAUCAACUUCCCUCGCUCUUUUCACGUUGACACCAUCGCGAUGACCAAAGAACUCACUGGAACCUGCCUGUGCCGCAAGGUUUCCCUCACAAUCAAGGGCGAGACGAUUGGCACAAACCUCUGUCACUGUACAAACUGCCAAAAGGCAGCUGGAUCGGUCUUUUAUACCGGCGUCAGGUACCCGGCCGAGAAUGUCACCUACAACGACCCCGACUCGGUCAUCAAGACGCACGUCGACGGCACCGGCGAGCUCGCCAGCGGGAUCCAGCGCUCCUUCUGCGGCAACUGUGGUUCUUUGAUCAGGAUCAGCAGCAUCAAUUACCCGCAAUUUGUAUCUGUUCCUUUCGGUAUCAUCGACAGCGACGAAAAGGCAGACCUCAAGCCGACCACGGAGUUCUUUUGCGAUAGGAGGGUGGACUGGGUCGCUGCCGUCGAGGGAUCUACCAAGUUUGCGACCAUGCCGACGGUUUAGACAGGGAACUCACAUUUGUUUCCGAUUCCAGUGACUGGAAGAAUAACAAUCCAAAUGAUACAGAGCGUUGCCAUGUUUCACUUGUCCUACCCUGCUUCAAAACUCCUUGUCGCGUGACUAUCGAUCUACCUUGACAAUAGCCCACUUGUUUCCUAGGUGUCCAUCACUUCCUCACCUACUGCGCUCAGCUCGUUCCCUCCAGACCAAAAUCCCCUCGUCAUAAAGCCCAGUCAGAAACCCAACUCCUCUCGCAGAGUCCCUCACAGCCGUUGCAGUCGUCCCGUAGCCACCCGCCUCCCCGCCUCUGGAGACGUACAGAUCCCUCAAGCCGCCGGCUUCUGUCCACUCGGCGGCCCAGCUCGG